AUGUCGGAAAAAGUGGGACCUCCCUUAAGCGAAGCGUCUCCGUCAAUACUAAGUCGGACCACUGGGCUUGCUUCAAAAUUCUUUGGAUUAUUGGCAUCACUAGCCAUCAUAUCGUAUGUGAUAAUAGCGUCGCUGCGGACCGACUUAUACGUGCCCAGCUUUGAUUCUACGACUGCUCAAAAUACAUAUUAUUAUGAUUUAAGGACCUACGACGGCUCUACAGAGGGAUGGUUUAAUAAUGAACGAAUAAUCUUUUGCGUGCCUCUCCGUGACGCUGCUGAGCAUAUGCCUAUGUUUUUCGGCCACAUGAGAAAUAUGACCUAUCCUCAUCAUUUAAUUGACUUGGCAUUUCUUGUCAGUGACUCUAAAGAUGAUACUAUGGGACUUUUAGUGACGAUGCUUAGAGAAAUACAGAGUGACGAUGAUCCUCAGAUGCACUUUGGCCAGAUUGAAAUUUUUGAGAAAGAUUUUGGACAGGUUAUUGGCCAAGGUUUCAGUGAUCGUCAUGGAUUUGCAGCACAAGGUCCUAGAAGAAAGCUUAUGGCCAAGUCGAGGAACUGGCUAACUUCCGUGGCGUUGAAAACCUACCAUUCCUGGGUCUACUGGCGUGAUGUUGACGUGGAGACGGCUCCUCAAACCAUUUUGGAAGAUCUUAUGCAUCACAAUAAGGAUGUCAUUGUCCCCAAUGUUUGGAGACCCCUUCCUGACUGGUUGGGGGGCCAGCAGCCUUAUGACUUGAACUCCUGGCGAGAAAGCGAUGGUGGUUUACAAUUGGCCAACACUUUGGACGAGGAUGCUGUUAUAGUGGAAGGUUAUGUGGAGUAUGCUACUUGGAGACCCCAUUUGGCCUAUCUAAGAGACCCUUACGGUGAUCCAGAGACGGAAAUGGAUCUUGAUGGUAUUGGAGGAGUGUCAAUUCUUUGCAAGGCCAGUGUCUUUCGGUUCGGUGCUCAUUUCCCGGCAUUUUCGUUUGAGAAGCAUGCUGAAACGGAAGGUUUUGGAAAGAUGUGUCGGCGUAUGGGCCUGUCUGUGUACGGUCUUCCACAUUAUGUCAUAUGGCACAUCUACGAGCCAUCAACAGAUGAUUUAAAGCAUAUGGAAUGGAUGGCACAGGAGGAAAUGAGGAUGAAGAAACAAAAAGAACUGAUGAAAGACUAUAAGAAGAUUUGGAGGGCAGGAUUCGAGAGUAAGGAGGAUGAAUGGGAGGAUGAACGAUUGAGAAUCUUGAAAAACUCAGACCCUAUGAAGCUCUCUAGAAAUAUCGAGGUCGAUUGGAGCGACUGA